AUGCAAGCAACGGCAACUUCUUGUUGGUUGCUGUUAUUGGGGUUAUUGUCAGUACAUGUAUGCUUGGUUUCUGGAGAGCUCUGCACCGCGACACUCCAAAAAGCGGAUGUCAACAACGAUGGAAUCCUGACACGAGACGAGUACAUUCAGUUUUGCAAUGGAGAAGCGCAAAAAACUCCCAUGGUACUGGAAAAUUCCGCCGCCAUGUUCAAUGAGGAUACGUUUCCACAAGAACUGGAUCAAGUCUUUGAUAGUCUCAAACAGUCCGACUGUAGUGGCAUCAAUAUUGCCGGUGCCCGAACGAUGACGAAGAGUGCAAUGACGCCACAAGUCCGGAAGCAACGAGCCAUUGUCGAGUUGGUCUGUGUUCGAACGAGAGGUACCAUUACCAAAAUGUUGCAAAAAACCAAAGACGGCAAUUCACAACAAGUACUACGUAGUGGUCCUUUUGUUGGCGAAGAAUCAUCAGAUGGGCUCCACCACGGGAACGAAGCCGUUGAAGUCAAGCAACCUGGUUCGGGUGGCGGCCCUGACUCUAGCGGUGGCGGCCCUGGUUCGAGUGGUGGCGGAUCCGGCUCUGGUGGUCCUGGUGGAGAGGGUGGGAUGCAAGGAGAUGGAAUGGGCCCUGACGGCGGUGGUCCCGGUUCUGGUUCAGGUGGGCAGGGCAUGGGCCAGGGAGGUUCUGGUGGCCAGGGCAGCAGCCAAGGUGGCCCUGGUGGAGGCGGUGGACCAGAUGGAGCUGGUGGUAUGACUGGAGAAGGUAUGGGUCCAGAUGGUGCUUCUGGUGGAGGUGGUCCUGAAGGCGGUGGACCAGAUGGAGCUGGUGGUACGCCUGGAGAAGGUAUGGGUCCAGAUACCGGUAGUGGCUCUGGUGGUGGUGGUCCUGGUGGAGGCGGUGGACCAGAUGGAGCUGGUGGUAUGACUGGAGAAGGAAUGGGUCCAGAUAGUGGCUCUGGUGGUGGUGGUCCUGGUGGAGCCGGUGGUAUGCCUGGAGAAGGUAUGGGUCCAGAUGGUGGUCCUGGUUCUGGUGGCCAGGGCAUGGGCCAGGGAGGUUCUGGUGGCCAGGGCAACAGCCAAGGUGGUCCUGGUGGAGCUGGUGGCCCAGAUGGAGCUGGUGGUACGCCUGGAGAAGGUAUGGGUCCAGAUGGUGGUGGUCCUGGGUCUGGUAAUGGAAUGGGCCAAGGAAAUGGCCAGGACAAUGGCCAGGGCAGCAAAAAUAAAGUGACAAUCGGUAGCGCUUUUGUCAUUUCCAAUGCUGAUGGCAUCGCAGCUGAUGAUAUCGAAGCUGAGUACGUGGAUGGACUUACCCAAGUAUUGGAAGACGCUCUGCAAGAUGAGUUAUUUGCAGGUCUUCUGGAGGAUGCCUUUGCCAACUUGAACGGCCAAGUCCCACAAGGAGAAACAGGUGAAGAAAUUAAACCUGAAGAGCCUGAACAAGGCGUAGACAGCAACGAAGAACAAAUGGAAGAACCCGAGCAAGGCGAGCCAGGUGAGGAACCAAGUGAAACAGAUGAAGAGCCAAAUGAGGGUUUAGAGCAAAUGGAAGGACCGGAGGAGGGAGAAGAGCCAAUGGAUGGAGAGGAACCAAUGGAAGAACCUGACGAGGACGAAGAACCUGAGCAAAUGGAAGAACCUGAGGAGGGAGAGGAACCAAUGGAAGUACCUGAGGAGGACGAAGAACCUGAGGAAAUGCCUGAAGAGCAGAUGGAAGAACCUGAUGAGGUAGAAGAACCAAUGGAGGGAGAGGAGCCAGUGGAAGAACCUGAGGAGGGAGAAGAACCAAUGGAAGAGCCUGAAGCACCAAUGGAAGAACCUGUGGAGGGAGAAGAACCAAUGGAAGACCCUGGCAAUGAGAGGGAACCAGCUGAAGGCGACGAAGAACCUAUGGGAAAUACUGGCGAGGAGGAACCUAUGGGCAAUCCAGGUGAUGAGAUAGAGCCAAAUGGCGAGAAUGCGGAUGAAUGCCCAGAGCCUGACGACGUAAUUUGCACAGAUGACUUCAGCCCUGUUGUGUGUGGCGACCUGCAAUGCGAGUACACCAAUGAAUGCAGGGCCAUUGCAGCUGGGUUUGAUACUGAGAGCUGCAUGCCAGCAGAAGAUCCAGGUCGUCGUCUUAGUAUGAUGUCAAAAAGACUGCUUCAGGGCGUCGACAGUGAGCUCACAAUCGAAAGUGUUGAAAUUGAACGCGUCGAAGAUUCGGAUUGCCAAGAAUCAGCUGCAUCCAGCGGGACCACUUGUCAAACGGUUUUUGCAAUGUACACAGUAUUGACAGAUGGAUCAUCGAUACCUAGACCCCAAAUCUUACGAGCAUACGCCUUGGCGACAGAACAACUCAUCAAUGAACAUCUGCAAGGUUUCCUGCCGGACGACUCACCGUUCACAAUUGAAGAAGCGUUGGAUCCCGAAGAGGUUGAUGAUGUUCCAUCUAUCGACGACGGAGACGAAGGCGACGAAGAACUCGAAUCCAAUGAAGGCAACAGCAACAACCCACUCACAAGGGUCAUGAAUGUCAAUACGUCUUUCCAAGUCACAUUUACACCUCCAUCCGAAGAUGGCGAUAUAACCGUAGCGAAAAACAAAAGACAGCUUCAAAGAGACAUCCGAAUGUUCCUAUCAACAGCGCUUGUCGACAUUGCUGAAGUUCAUUCGGGUGGUGAGCCAGGUGGGCAAGGAAACGGUGUAAUGAACGGCCAGGGUGGUCCUGGUGGAUCUAGUGGCCAAGGUCAAGGCCAAGGAAGUGAAUCCGGUCUGGGCCAAGGCAAUGGUGGAAUGAAUGGGCAGGGUGGGCCUGGUGGCUCGAACGGCCAAGAUCAAGGUAGUGGACCGGGUAUGGGCCAAGGAAACGGUCCUCAAGGAAGACGGUUGCGAGUGCGAAUCAGCCCGCAGCAGUCUGAUAUUGUCGCCAUCGAAGACUGCGAUGGCAACUUCUUGAGCGGACCGCUGCAAGGCGGUAACAACGGAGGUGGCGAACAAGGCCAAGGCAUGGGACAGGGGAAUGGACAAUCUAGUGGCCAGGGCAACAGUCCAGGUGGAGGUGGAGGUGACCCUGGUUCUGGUGGUCAGGGUAUGGACCAGGGAGGUUCUGGUGGCCAGGGCAACAGCCAAGGCGGUCCUGGCGGAGGAGGUCCCGGUGGCCCAGAUGGAGCUGGUAAUAUGCCUAGCGAAGGUAUGGGUCCAGAUGGUGGUGGCCCUGGUUCUGGUGGACAGGGUAUGGGCCAGGGAGGUGGACAAUCCAAUGAGCAGGACACCAGUGGAGGUGGUCCUGGUGGCAGUGGUGGUGGCCCAGGAGGAGAAAACCAAGGUGGCCCAGGAGGAGGCCAAACACGUCAUCUGCAACAGGAGCUUUGUCGCAAUGUGAUUUUCGAUGUUGAGUUUUUGCUGUCUGACAACGAGGAUGCUCAAGCACUCUUUGACCAGCUGAAAGAUGAAGUGCCUGGUGACGUGGAUAUACUUGAAGAGGCCCUCAAUGAUGGAUCAAACGUUUCGUUCGUCGUCACUUCACUGUCUAUAGAUGAUUUCACACUGGGAGAGCGCCCAAAAGGCAACUCAGAAGGGAAGGAGGAUGGACCACCGGGACCACCGUCAGUAGAAUCGACUACACGACAACCACUGUUGGUGAAUUCGUCGUUCCUCAUCUCUAGAACUGACGGCAAGACGGCGGAAGAGUUGGACUUGCUUUUGAAUCCUCCGCUAACGUUGAUGUCUGAAUCGGACGAACUGAAGCCACUCAAACAAGCCUACAAGAAGUUUGUAACUGACGUUGUGCAAGGGGUAAGCGUAAGCAACAGCGCAGCAGGGAACGGCGCCACAAUGCAAGGAGGUGGAGGAUCAGAUCAAGGAGGUGGUCCUGGAAAUGGAGGUGGUCCUGGAAACGGAGGCAACCGGACGAGCGAUGGAGGUGGACAAAUGAACGGUCAGGGUGGCCCGACCAGGCACCGGCACUUGCGAUAUCAAUACUUUGAUCAUCUGUAUCUUGAAGGCCGCGGUGCUUGGAGACGUCUAACCGCACAAUACGAUGGCGAUAGCGCCGAACUCUAUGGCUUUGUGGACACCCCCUGCGAUACAACGGCGGCAGUUUCGAGACAAGGCAACGCAGCAGAAAAGACAUGCGUCACUGUAUUCGGGAAGUAUCGCGUCCUGGUUGACGAAGAAGCGGACGUCGACGAGGUGUACAAGGCCUAUGCGGAAGCCACGCAAGCGUCUAUAUCAGAAGGCAAGUUAAACGAAGUCUUUCUCGAGGUCGCCGCAGAGUUGGGGGCAACGCCGGCUUUUGUGGUGGAAGGUACUUCUCCGGUGGUAGACGACCAAUUCAAUGCCAAAAUGGAGAUUGAGGACGCAGCUGCUGCUGCCUCCAACACCACACGUCCUCCCAGACCAUCCUCGUCAUCGAGCAAUGCCACAGAAGCACCUGCAAACAACAAUCAAAGCUCUGCCAUGGCACGCUGGAAACUGUAUUCCUUGUCCGUGGGUGCAGCAAGCUCCUUGGUAGUGACGUUUGGGUCAGCAUAUCUUUGGUGA